CUUUGCGGUCAAGUUACAUCAUUCGUCUCGGUCAUCUCCAGCUCCAUUUUGCUGCGUGCCUCGUCUGCCUCGUCAUUGGUAGAUCGACAAGACAUCAACGGUCAGCAAUCGUGCGAUGAAACAUAUGCCAGGGCCGAGUCUCCCGUCAUUGUCCAAUACCAUUUGGCAAUCCACGAGUCAGCCUUUCAACUCUUGGGUAGGGCUGAGUUCACUGCCCACGCGAUUGCAGACUUACUAGGUGAAAUCCCCGGAAACUUCUCUUUCCAGCAGUCACACUAUCCCUAUCUGAGGUACCUUGAGGAAACACAAUGGGCAUCGACGAUAACUGUUGCUGCUUCUAGAAACCUGUUUGGCCAACGUCAGCUCGGCGAUGCGGGUCUGGCGCACGCAGCCCAUCUCUCGUCUUGUCAGUGUCACCCAGACCAGCCAGGGUCUGCGGAGGCAUUCUAUGUCAUGUAUAACCCUGAACAAAAGGAGUCGUCAAGUGCGCGUGGAGUUCAAGGUCUUGAGCCACAGCCGGUGUUCAUUUAUCCGUUGUCGCACUGCUACAUUCAGUUGGGCAGAUUCUUCAAAGCCAGCAACGUUGUCUUGCCGCUCAAAGUAUCGAUCUAUCGGCAGGCAGAACGCAAUUCGGGCCGUCAUUCUCUCGUUGAGCACUGUGUUCAACCCUUCAAGCUGGUAAUCGAGCAUCGGUGCCUACGGCAGACGGCGGAAAUAGCCGCUACGUGGUUGCCCGAGAGACCCUCAUACGUGCCUGGUAUCCAAUGUCGACCUAUCAGAGUUGAUUCAUAUCGCUAA